UUGUUAACUAUAGACUCUAUAGACAUAACAAUAACACAUGUGUUUGAUGACAACAACAACAACAACAACAACAUUGAACAACACGUUAUUAAACCAUCAAUUGAUCCCAACUUUAAGACUCUUUUGAUUUUAUUAGUAACUGAUUGACGUCCCGACCGACCGACCGACCGACACAUUCGACGGCCGAAAUGGACGGCCAGUUUGACGACGCCGAAGACCCCGAAGAUUAUAAUAAUAGUAAAGUAGUUUACAAUCAAUUGUCUAAACAACUGAAGACUAGCAAUGGUUAUGAAGAAGACGAAGAAGAAGAAGAAGACGACGACGACUAUGACUGGGAUGACGACGACGACGAAGAUAUGAUGACCACUAGAGGACACGUGUCGGCGGCGGCGGCGGUAAGCGCUGGCUAUACGGGCAACAAGUUUGAGACAAACUCGAAACGAUUGUCCCGUUUCGACAAUCGUAUCAAUGAAGACAAAUACCUGAUUCCUGGCGGCAAAAGUCUUCAGAUUAUCCAACAAACUGAGCGCCGGAUGACUGACGACAGGCGACGAGUUAAAGACAAAUCGGAUCGUCAGACACAGGAACAGGUGUUGGAUCCGAAAACACGGAUAAUACUGUUUAAACUGAUUAACCGACAGCUGAUUCACGCAAUCAACGGUGUCAUCAGUACGGGUAAAGAAGCUAAUGUCUAUCACGCGACCAGUCCUCCCGAUCCCGAUAGUGACGGUAGUGGUGGUGGUCAGGAUAAGGCCGUCAAAAUCUAUAAGACAUCAAUACUGACGUUCAAAGACCGGGAUAAGUAUGUUUCGGGCGAAUUUCGUUUCCGUCACGGCUAUUGUCGCCGUAAUCCGAGAAAAAUGGUCCGAACGUGGGCCGAAAAAGAGAUGCGCAAUUUGGCCCGUAUUUAUCAGUCGGGUAUACCGUGUCCGCGGCCGUACUGUUUGCGUAGUCAUGUAUUGGUUAUGGAUUUUAUCGGUACUAACGGUUUGCCGGCACCGCUACUCAAAGAUGUCGAUCUCAGCGAAUCCCGAGCCCGUCAGCUAUACCACGAAUGUAUUGUUAUAAUGCGUAAACUAUUUACCGAUUGCCGACUGGUUCACUCAGACCUAAGCGAAUUUAAUCUCCUGUACAACGAUAGCCGACUGUAUGUCAUCGAUGUCUCCCAAUCGGUCGAAUCGGAUCAUCCGCUGGCACUCGAGUUUCUCCGGAAAGAUUGUGUCAAUAUUAACGAUUUUUUUCGUAAAAAAUCUGUACCAGUGAUGACCACUCGCGAGUUGUUUGAUUUUAUAACCGAUCCGAAUAUCGAUGCCGACAAUAUGGACGACUAUCUGGAAAAGGCUAAAGAGAUUGCCGCCAAUCGGACGACGACGACAACGACUGGAUCGGCUGAAUUGGAUGACAAUAAUCACCAACAAGUGGACGACGAAGUAUUCAAGAGUGUUUAUAUACCGCAACGAUUGCGCGAAGUGGCUAACUAUGAACGAGAUGUACACAAAACGGAUAAGUCAGAGAUAUACUAUCAGACAAUUACGGCGCUGAGACCCGAUCUGAAGGGACCGACUUGUAAGCCAACUAUUCUUGACAAUGACGACGACAACGAUGGCGUCGAAAAUGGAUCUCAAGUACGCGAUGAUAGCGACGAUUCAUCAGUGGAUAAUAAAAUAGAUAGUAAAGGACAUGAAGAUCAAGAAGAAGAUGAAGAAGUGUCCGAUAAAGUUGUUCCCAACUCUGCCCGACCUAAGGAUGAGACGACUGAAGAGAAAAAGUUACGAAAGAAUGCCCUAAAAGAAGAAAAACGCGAAAAACGAAAGAAUAAAAUACCAAAACACGUGAAGAAACGUAAAGAACGGUUGGGAAAGAAUCCGCAAAAAAAUUGAGUAUAAAAAUCGGGUU